AAUAACAGUAUAGGUGCGUGUUUAUUCAUUUGCUUUGUGGCGGGUGUAGAAAGUGAGAACCAGGGGCAGAUCUGUGCUCUUUAAACCGCCUGAGUGACAAUGGGAAAGAUCGAGUGGGCGAUGUGGGCUAAUGAACAAGCCCUGGCAGCUGGACUCAUUUAUCUAACCGGUGGCAUCGUCGGAGUGGCAGGUCAGUUCAGAGACUGGCAGUUCGCCGCUUUUGGGAUAGCUGCAGGGGUGUUCGUGUGUGUGCUGGAGUACCCACGGAGCAGGAGAGCCAAAGGAACCAGUGUUGAAAGAACCGGUCAGUAUUGCUUCACUAUGUGUGUGAAGGCAUUUGGACCCCUGACUAGAAAUUACUACGUUAGGGCGAUACUUCAUGCGGCGCUCAGUGUCCCUGGAGGUUUCAUGCUCGCUACAGUUUUAGGCUGUGUGUGUCUUGGAAUUGCCAGUCUCAUCUACCUGUCAGCUGCCAUUCACGGCGAGCACUGGGAACCCAUUUUGCCGAAGGCAGAACCGACCAAACAAGUUGCUCCUAGCAUCAAGCAGCCCCCUCAGAACCCCCCGCCGCGCCCUCCUGCCGAGAUACGCAGGAAGAGAACAGACGACCCCGAGGCUGCGUCUUACGUCAAUCCCAUACCUGUGACCGACGAACAAUGAAUGGCCAGAUCCCUCCGUUGUAAGGAUUCUAAUCCAGCUGCCACAUUGCGAGAGGACUGAGUACCUGCUGUACAAGCGAGACAGGGACGCAUACACACCCACACCUACCUGCAGAAUUAUUCUGUUCAGAUGAAUGACGCGAUGAUGAAAAGGGACACGUUUGGUUCAGUUUGCAGUUUUAAUGUCAUGUUACUGAUUUUAUGAGAGUGUUCGGUCACAGACCGAUUUAUUCUGCUUCUCUUGCACUAUGGUGAAGAUUUGAGUACAGUUGAGUGCAAAAGUUUGCACACCCUUACAUCAAAUUCAACGAAACCAACAAGCCAUUCGACGUGAGUUCGGGUUUUAGAGAUGUUCCCUUAAUAUCCCAAGUAACCAAAUUAUCCGACGGUGUACGAAAAGAUAGUCGUAGUGAAUCAAAUGAAAUAAUAUUUCUGAAUCCUGGCGUUAAUUCCGCUUACCACCUGAGGAUUUUAUCUUCGACUCGGGAGCCUGUUUGAACUUUUAACGCCUUAAAUAUGAACGCUCGACACGUCAAUGAGGCAACUUUAAAUACGUUUUUAAUCAAGAACACGGAUGCAAACUUUUGAGAUUUCUAAUUGAGAUAACAGCAUCUAGACUCAUUAGACUGAAUGAUAUUACAACAUUUUAGAAAACAUUGAAUUUCUGCUUCGGGUCAUUUUUUGUUUAUCAAUCCAUAAACCAAGGAGAUACAUAUUUUUGCACUCAAUUGUACAUUGUAUAUCUUAGUAUUACUGUUCAGUGGGAAAUUCCAGUGUGUACACAUCAUACUGGACGAUUUUUCUGCUCAAACACACCAGAUUAGUUCAUAUCCGCAUUCAUUCAGAAGGUGUGUACGCGGAGUAAAAUCACCAAAAGGCCUGAACGCGGGACCUCUGACUUCAGAGAAUCGAAGGCGAAACUUACUGUCGAUUUAAUGAUCUGAUACGCGCUUGCUCAUACGUAAUCAAUCCAUCAGUGUAUUUAUAUUAUCGCAAAGUAUUUUAUAUUUUGAUAUCUACGCCGUUCCAACGAACAAAUGAAAUGAAAAGUCUCCUAACCUCUUAUAUCUGUACCAACAAAUCUGUUUUUAUUCGAACUCUGUUACAACUCUGUCUUCAGUGAUAAUAAAUAUGUAUUGCUCAUAA